UUGUUCGCCCUUCGUGGUUACAGCGGAUGAUGGCCCGGCCGACGCAGUGGGAUGGUCGCGCGCGCACUGGAGGAUGGCAGAUCGCGAACGAUGCGCGAUCAUGUCUCAUGCUUGUCCCACUCUGUUCGACCUGCGCAUUCCCGCCCUGUGCUUUACUCUCGCUUGUUCGUCGCUACCGCGGUAGAUGAUGAUAUCAUUGGCGCCGUCGGAUACAUGACCGUGCCUCUGGCAAAACCACGCCGAUUUUGCUGGUCUUGGUGCAUUUGAGCUGUUCGUCCACCAGAUUGCUGAUGUCGCUGAGCGCGCUCUAUUUCCACUUCGCUGCUUCGGUGAUAUCAGCUCGUGCGGAUGUCGUGGCGCCAUCGGUCGCGAGAGAUGGCCGGAUAUUGGCGCAGAGGGUGCGCUUAUGCCUCCUUCCUGGCGAGCCAUUGGCGUCUGCCAUUCUCACUGCUAGAGCUUGCUGUCGCCUCGUCGUCGCAGCCAUCGUAUGCGCUGUUGUCUGUGGUGGCGUGCGGCGAUGUCUCGCUCUUGUCAUCGUCGCCGCCGUCGUCUCCGCUGCCCAGGCUACAAAUGCGGUUGUCUUUGGUGCUGACAACACUCCGAGCAGCAAGGCGAUGGUGAGCGUCGCCGUGAGUUGCAACACUCUGCCCCAUCCACGCGCAAAUGCGCCGAAAACGUUCGAUACCAGUUCGUACAAUGGCAUGUUUGCUACAAUGCUGUUGGUUGCCACUCCUGCAGUGACUACGCGUGGUGAGGCUGCUGUUUGCUACUCGUAAUUGUGCCCGUGAUGGUGUCGCCGUGAUGGUGUCGCCAUGAUGGUGUCGCCGGGCGGUGGUUUCCGCAAUGUGCAUGCGAAGCUGUAUGCUCAAACGCCCAAACAAUCCAGGGAUUUAGCCAUACGAAGCGAACACGAUCUACGCAAGACGGUUACGG